GUUGAACUCUGGUACCAGCAAGCACGUGACACCGUGAAGUCGCCGUGACAAAAACACUGUGAAAAGGGGAGAAAUGACCACGUGAAACUAAUCGCUCACCGUGCACCUCGUCCGCGCUCCCGCCGGUGCUGCUCGUCCCUGUGACAGAUGUUCUUGCUUUGUCAUCAGAUUUAACGGGCUAAAGUGCUGCUAACUGAAUGCAAAGCUAUUCAGAACUUAAUCUGCACAAGAAGACAAAAUCCUGUCAGAACUCGUAAAUGUCUGAUAAUACAUUUAACAUGUCCAGUGGCCAACAUGAGAGCCCGUGUUCUCUACCUCACAGGGGCUCCGCUGAGACUCACUCAUCCAUGCCUGUGUCACCUGACUCCAACAGUAGCAUUUCCUUCAUGAAUGUUAGAGAAGCCAGCAGCUCUGCUGACAUCAGCAUGCCGGGACGCUGCCUUAGCCAGUGUUCCCCUGUGGAUAUCCUCUACAAUACCACCUUAACACAGGGAGAUGUCUUCUGUGGUGUAACCGCAAACUUGAAUCAAACCUUUAUUGCCACACCAGUGAGUGACAGCAUUAAUAUCUGGAAACAAAACUUGAGCCUCAUCAGCAAUGAAGAGUUUGAGACUUUUAGAAGGGACAAAGAGGAUGAAAGUAAUAAUACUGUAAUUUCUCAGAGUUCACAUGGGACAUCCUGGAGGGGAUCCACUGAGAAUGACUGCUGCUCUCUGAGCUCUGGGGAAAUGGUAAUGAGGAGCAACAGUUUCUGUCUGGAUGACCAGUCACUCUUAUUAGUCUCUUCCCUGGAGGAAUCAUCCAUCUCUUCAGCUGCACCUCGACCCAAAUCACCUGAUGUGUCUAACCUGCCACCGACUGCUGUUCUAGAUGUCUGCAAUAAAUCCACAGAAAGAAUCUCUGAGGAGAAUACAGACCAUCCUUGUCUUGGUGUGACUUUCAUUCAGGCAGACAACAAGGAGCUCCUCACUGAGGAAAAUGAAAUGGCAACAUCCAACUGUCUUUUAGCUCUGCCAAAUGAGAAUGAAGGAGGGCUUUUCACGACGUUUAUCUGUGAAACAUCUCCAGAUUGCAGAAAAGAGGCUAACUGUACUAGUGAUCAAGCAGAGCUUUUACCCCCUUUUUCAGCAGCAUUUACACCAGAACAAGGCAAGACCAUUGUGUCCACUCUUUCAAAUACACAAGAAAUUGAUGAGGAUAUUCAUACUUCUACUCCAUUACAAAACACUGGAAACAAGAAAAAUGGCCUCCCCUUGUUUUCAGAGUCUCCUUGUAUUGGAACUGCAAGCAGCCCAGGACUUCACCCUGUUAAAAGGCAGCAAUCUGUCACUAAUAAACAAUGUUUAGUUCCAGGACUGCCACCUACAGCAAGCAAAGUUAAGAAAAUAGAAAUUAAAAAGUUUCCCAAACCUGACUUCAGUCGUGUAAAAUCUAAAAUCAUAACAAGAGAUCCACAUCAAACCUCAGUGCCAGGCACUGUGUUACAAUACAAACAAUCAGAAGUUAAUUUGGGGAAUAGGCAUACUGAAUCCCUGAGAAGAACAACAAAUAGUUCUGCCAAGGGAAGAAGUAGCACUACAGUUGUUCCUGCCGCCACAAAAAUGUUUAAUGAUGGACAGAAGGAAGUGGAUGCAGGAGCUGCUAACUUGGGGUUAACAGUGAGACAGUCAUGUGAGCAUACUGGUGUGGAUGGACAGGGCAAGAGCAGAGAAGCCCCAUCUGGCCAAUGCAGUAAACUCAGCUCAGAAACAGAGGGACCAUCUUGCAGCCAAGUAUCAGAAAUCUCAGCACAGCACGCUUGGAGCCAGACCAGCUUCUCAUCCCUAGAAAAAUCCCCUGGUAAAAGUGGCCCCAAACCAACUCCAAAGAACGGCAUAUCAAACAAAGCUGAGGUUAGAUCAGGUUCAUCUUUAGGCCGGGACAAGUUUUCUGCCUUAAAGACACGGCCUCGCUGCUCAUCUGACAGUUCAUCAUUGAUGUCUAGGCCGCCAAAGGAGAAGCGAACAAUUCUAAAGUUCUCAGCUAGUUUUACCAUUACCAAAGCAGACGCACACCAGAGCCAGACCAAACCAAAGAACCUGAGCUGCUCCUCCCAGAAUAAACGGGCCAUACAGGCUGGGGACAUAAAUGACCCUACUCAAAACUCCUCCAGAGAUGUUAAGAAGAUAAGCCUGGUGGCAGAGUCAGCAGGAGCCCAUUUGGAUGACAGUAAGACUAGAAGCCAACCUUGGCGACCAUCACCUAGACUUCCAAGAAGAACACCACUUUCACAGCCUCCACCUGCCAGUCCCAGAUCAACCUCUUUGUCAGCCAGGCAGAGACAGGGAUCCCUGGGGAAGAUUGAAUUCAGGACCCCUAAAGCUGCAGGGACACCUCAAUCCAAGCAGACGAGCAGUACAGGCUGUCAGAGAGCACAGGAAAUGGGAGAGCCAUCCCUCGGAUCUGCCUCAGCAGCAAACAUUAAGCCCCAGCUGAAUGGACUCCGACCUCCUCAGACUCCCGCUCGCCCCUUUCUUAAAGGUCCUCCUUCCACUCCUGUUAGUAAACUACCACGCAAGACUUUGGGGCCUUCCAGAGGCCUUACUGAAACUAGUGCUCAACAUGUGCUAUGCCAAGGCACUGGGAAUACACAAGUUUCCGGAGGAGUUGCACACAAAGCAACCCCAUUCAAGUCAGUGGUGCUGAAAGCAAGGCUCCUCUCGACCUCUGGGAAAAACACAGGACCAACUUUGUCUAUGGUAGACAAGGCUGCUGCUUCCACAAGAAAAGGAGCAUCACAUUCUAUAAUCGGUCCUCUGAUAAAGACAGCUUCUGCAAGAUUUGUUCAGUCAGCACUGGGUGGACCUGUGGACAAGAACAAAACCAAGGCUGGCUCCCACCAACAACACCCUCAACAGCAAGCAUCACAGCAAAACCAGAGCGACAGGCCUCGGGAUGUGGUGCCAGCAAGUCUCACGGAGGUUGACAGAAUAAACCAGAACAUCCAGCAGCUCAAAGGACUCCUGAGGGCCAGUAACUGUAGAUUUGAAGCACUCUCCAUCGUCUUGCAGCAAACUUUGGCCGAGCGUGAUGAAGCCACGCAGCAGUGCAGGGAGCUGUCCCAGGAGCUGGUCAAUCUAAGAGAAGAGCUGGUUUCUUCCGUCCAUUCGUCUGAGCGUCUGGAGAAGGAGAACGAGGAGCUGCGUGUUGCUCUGGAGGAUGCACUGCACACACUGCAGGAAAAGCACCAGAAUGACCUGGCCGAGCUGGAGCAGAGGCUGCAGGCCUUCUACCAGGCUGAGAGGGACAAAGUUCAUCUUACCUACCAGGAAGAGGCAGACAAGUGCAAAACUCUCAUGCAACAGCAGAUUGAAAAACUUAAAGCAAGUCAUGAAGCCAUGAAGCUGGACCUAGAGAAAAGCCACGAAGAACAGAUGCAGUGUGUUAAACAGCAAUAUGACAUGUCACUGGAAGAGCUCAGGAAAGUCCACAACCAGGAGCUGGAGGCUUUGGACAAGACCUUAAAAGAUGCUGAAGCUUCUCUAUCUAGUCAAAUUCAAGAGCUAACCUCGGAGAAUAAUGCUCUGCAUGAGAGGCUAACUGCUGAGGAGAACAAGAGGAAAGAGCUGGCUGAAAACAGUCAGAAGGACCCUCACACCCUGUAUCUGGAGCAGGAGCUAGAAAGCCUCAAAGUGGUGCUGGAUAUCAAAACCAAACAGCUUCACCAGCAGGAGAAGAAGCUCAUGGAGAUAGGCAAACUGACAGAAAAAAAUGUAAAGUUGGAUGAGAGCCUUAAAAAAGUCCAGCAGGAGAAUGAAGACCUCAAAGCCCGCAUGGAAAAACAUGCUGCUCUUUCAAGGCAGCUGUCCACAGAGCAGGCCAUGCUGCAGGAGUCCCUUCAGAAGGAGUCCAAGGUGAACAAGCGUCUGUCCAUGGAGAACGAGGAGCUGCUGUGGAAGCUCCAUAAUGGAGACUUGAGUAGCCCCCGCAAGGUGUCCCCCACCUCCACCUCUCCCUCCCAUUCCUUCACCCUCCAAUCACCUCGCAGCUCCGGCUUCUUCUCCAGCCCUCCUCUGUCACCCAGAUAACAAUGGGCUCCUGCUUCCAGGAAGCAGACCGCUGCUUUGGAGAUAUCCUCCUGGAAUUAAGAGCCACGUUUGUUUCCUUUGCAUUCAGCAAAAACAUCAACCUGACCUUGGCUCCUUCAGAAGUGGAUGAACUCUGACAUUGCAGUAAUACUAGAGAUUGUUUAUAUUUAAAAAAAAAAAAAAAAA